UACGCCGUCUGGUACAGCUGCUGGUGCAGCAGCGGGUAUCUCUCCAAGCUUGGCACCGCAUGCUCGGCCCAGAGUCCGUCCCGCCCCCUAAACGUUCCCGUGGCGACUUCAUGGCACCGCCCCGAAUUGGGACGCACAACGGCACUUUCCACUGCGACGAGGUGCUGGCGUGCGCGCUGCUUCGCCUUCUGCCUGAGUACCGGGAUGCAGAGGUUGUGCGGACCCGGGAUCCCGAAACACUGGCCUCCUGUGACAUCGUGGUGGACGUGGGUGGCGAGUACGACCCUCAGAGACACCGCUACGACCAUCACCAAAGGUCUUUCACUGAGACAAUGAGCUCCCUGUCCCCUGGGAAGCCCUGGCAGACCAAGCUGAGCAGUGCGGGACUCAUCUAUCUUCACUUCGGGCACAAGCUGCUGGCCCAGUUGUUGGGCACUAGUGAAGAGGACAGCAUGGUGGGCACCCUCUAUGACAAGAUGUACGAGAACUUCAUGGAGGAAGUGGAUGCAGUGGACAACGGGAUCUCCCAGUGGGAGGGAGAGCCUCGAUAUGCACUGACCACUAACCUGAGUGCCCGGGUUGCUCGACUUAAUCCUGCCUGGAACCAGCCCAACCAAGACACGGAGGCAGGGUUCCAGCGUGCGAUGGAUCUGGUUCGAGAAGAGUUUCUACAGAGACUAGACUUCUACCAGCAAAGCUGGCUGCCAGCCCGGACCUUGGUGGAAGAGGCCCUGGCCCAGCGGUUCCAGGUGGACCCAAGUGGGAAGAUAGUGGAACUUGCCAAAGGCGGAUGCCCCUGGAAGGAGCACCUCUACCACCUGGAAUCUGAGCUUUCUCCCCCAGUGGCCAUUGCCUUUGUUAUCUACACUGACCACGCUGGACAGUGGCGGGUACAGUGUGUGCCCAAGGAGCCCCACUCAUUCCAGAGCCGGUUGCCCCUGCCAGAGCCAUGGCGGGGUCUUCGGGACAAGGCCCUGGACCAGGUCACUGGAAUCCCUGGCUGCAUCUUUGUCCAUGCCAGUGGCUUCAUUGGUGGGCACCACACCCGAGAGGGUGCCUUGACUAUGGCCCGUGCCACCUUGGCUCAGUGCCCAGCACCAAUGCCUCCCACAAAUUCCUCCACCUAAUAAAA